AAAAGGGGACAGGCAGAUUACAAAGAGCUGUGUACUUCCGCAUACCCAGAGUUGCAGGAUGAAGUCGUUGGUCUUACUUCUCUUUGUCGCUUACGAGCUUUAUUUAUGUGAAUCACAAGGGAUCAGUGCUGGGACUGUGUUUGUGCUGAAGGGAGAGGAUGUGCUUCUGAAAGUCCCAGAUGAUGAUGCUCUUAAGGACUUUAAUCUGUUUUCAUGGAAAUUUAAUGUAAACAUAGUUUUAUUAACAGUUUCCCCUGGUAACAAUCCAAACAUAUUUCCUAAUUAUAAAGAACGGGUUGAGUUUCCUGUGAACAAUUUCUCUGUGAAAGUGAAGAAUCUACAAGAGGCAGACAGUGGAGUUUACACUGCUGAAGUGUUAAAUAACUUAGGGAAACUAACAACAGCAGCUGAAUACAACGUCAAAGUUCAAGAUCGAGCGUCUCUUCCUCUCCUCACAGUGGUGAAUAACUCUGUCUCCGAUAACUCCUCCUCCUCCUGUACCUUAUCUGUGACCUGCAGCACACAGGACUCUCACAUCAACAGCACUUUCAGAUGUGACAACCAAACCUGCAGUCAAGAGGGAGGAAAGCCAUCAGAGGUGAUCCCUGACACUUUUCUCCAGGUCCUCCAAUCAAGUGGCUCGAUCAUCUGCAACCAUAGCAACCAGGUCAGCUGGACCAACAGUACCAUAAUAAUCAAAGAUGUCUGCACCAAACACAUUGUUACAGAUCCUACCUCAUCAAACAGUGUUCCCAUCAUUUUGGGAGUAUUAUUCCUAAUACUCAUCAUCAUUGGUGUAGUACUUCUGUAUCGUUGGAAGAGAAGACAAAGCAAAAGAGAGAGUGUCGAAAAUACAGUUUACGCAACUCCUGAGGUUGUAGGUACUGUCCGGCCUCAGGAUCGGACAGAUGAUUCUGUACCUCUGGAUACCACCUACUCCAGUGUUGGGCCUCACACUGGACCCCCGGCAAACACUGGACCCCCUAGAGGCACAGGUCAGCUAGAGAGUGUGUAUGCUCAGAUAAACAAGACAUAGAUCCCUGAAGACAGAGCUCCCUGAAAAAGGACCAGGAGUCGUAUUCCACAUACUGCACUGGGAUUACACUUUAUGGCCGCUGAGCCAUGGAUUUUAAUUUCUCUCAUUGUGUGACUGCACCCAGAAGUGCCCUAACUCCACUUUCAAUGUACAGUUCAGUCAGACAACUCGGGUUUCUUGAUAUGUUUAUCAGAAGCAGCAUAGAGUUUCAGUUUGGCAUCCAGGCUCGGGCCUCAUCACUCCACAGAUUUACAUUCGAUGAUCAUUAGAUAACUAUCCCCCCCGAACCAACUGGGGUGUAAGCUGGGGUGGUGGUGGGGUUGGCGAAAAGCAGCAUCAACGUGAACGCAGCAUCAACGUGAACGCAGCAGCAACGUGAACGCAGCAGCAACGUGAACGCAGCAGCAAGUGCAGCAGCAACGUGAACGCAGCAGCAACGUGAACACAGCAGCAACGUGAACACAGCAGCAACGUGAACGCAGCAGCAAUUGCAGCACCAACGUGAACGCAGCAGCACGUGAAUGCAGCAACGUGAACGCAGCAGCAACGUCGUGAAGGCAGUAAUGCAAGUUAGCAUCAAGCUAACAUAAUUAGAAUUAGAGAAUCAGAGGAUGAAAAACCACAUAACAACAUUACUGUCAUUGAAAGCUGUUAAUAUACUAUCAUUUUCCAAGGAGUCAACAUUUCAUUUAAAGAGUAAUUUGCAGGUUAAUGGUUUGUAAAUGAUGCUUGGUAAAGGUAGCUGUGCUGCUUUAACAAGCUUUUUGCUUUUAAUUACACAGGCUACUUUCACUCUUCCUUCUUUUGAACAGAAAUACUCUUUUAGAUGCAGUAGUUGGACUCCUGAUUUAUAAAACAUACUGUGUUCUUUUAGUCAGAAUCCGAUGCAGUUGCACUAACACUGAAGUGAAUGUAGCUUGUUUCUUUACGCUGUAAUGCACUUACUGUGAGAAGCUUUCAGGUAAAAGCGUCUAAUACAUACUAUGUUAUGUUAUGUUUAAUGAAAGUAUGACAUAUAAUGUUAUUGUUUGCCAUAUUUAGACAUGUGUAUUGACUGAAUAUUUUAUGGUUUCGUUUCCUCUGACAGCUCAGGAGAUUUUUUGAAAAUACUGUGAAAGCUCUAAAUUCAUAUACUGCAGUAAACAAUAAAGCAUAUUCUGUGUAUUGUAAAAGGAACCGAUUGUAUUUCAAACGAUCUCUGAGCAGGGGACACUUUGAUGAAAAACACAUUUUUAUUUUCUUUUUUUCUUACAUAUUUUGAACUACGUAAAAGCUUUGUUGUAUUUAUUUGAAUUGCAUUGAUAUUGAGCUAUUCCAAAAGUAAUGGAAAGAAAUCAAGUUUUAUUAUCGGAACAUUCAGAUCCUUACAUAGGUCACUGACAAUUAGGCAAUUAGUCAUUUUAAUGGAAUACAUUGUCUCAAUUUAACAGUGGGGGGGAAAAAGCCACACAUGAUCUUUAGCUCUUCUAUAAAUAAACAAAUCACAAACAUAUGUGAGUAAUUUGUUCCUUUACAAUAACACACAAUGGAUAAUGAAAAAUAUAACAAUAAAAAAGCUUUAUUAAAUGGUGCAGGUAGCAGAAAAUGCUUUCAUUCAAAAGUAUAAACGAGCACAAAACGUACUGUACGAAGAAAAACUGAACAUGUUUAAUGCGUCUUGAUCAUUCAAAUAAAAAUGAUAUUUUUUAA